AUCUUGACUAAACAAACAAUUACUAAUUUGCGGCUGUACCAUUGGUUGUUAGUACACGGAUACUAACCAAUCAGAUAGCAGAUGUUUCAUGGUUAGUAUUCAAAUAAAGAAUAUUCAUACAGGCGUAAAAUAUGCAACAAUUUGUACAUCACAACGAACAGACUCAAAUGAAGAGUUGACAAAAGAAACUAUUGUGAAAGAUUCUGGACUCAGUACAAAAAAAAAACAAGUAAAGAAAUUGAAAAUGAACCCUUCUAAAAGAUCACUUCCAGUAGAGUGGCCACUGACCAGAUGUACUGCAGACGAUAUAGAAAGGGUCGCAUCAGCCUGCAAAGAGUCCAUUCUCGUCAAAUCAAAACGACGAAAAACAGAAGAUUGUAGUCCCACGAAGAAAUUGGAGAUUUUACCAUUAACGCACCAGGAAACCAGUUGCCAUCAAAUUUUCAAAUCUUUGGAUCAAGAAGAGACAAGCUGGUUGUUAAAGGAUGUACACAACGCAAACAAAAAUUUUAUUUCUGUUGAAAGGAUGGCCGAGAAAUUAAAAGAGAAAGAUGACGUUGGGACGACUAAAGAAUCACUAAAAUCUUUAAAAUUUCUUUUGGAGGACUUAAAGAAAAGCAUCAGUCAACCUGAUGAUGACAUUGCAAACGAUCUCGACAAGUUUGACGAAGUUUCGUCCAACUUUGGUGUAAAAAACAUACUCAACAGCCUCACGUUAUUUGACCUGUGUUUCUCUCAAUUACAGGUAGAACUCGAGAAUUAGAGAAGAGCUUUUGUAUAAUUAAUAUCCUGCACGUACGAAAAUAAUUGCAUAGUAAUAUUUGUAGAUCAGAUUGUGAUAGAUUAUUCGUGAAAUCAGUAAAUAAACUUGUAUCAAAGCAA